GUUGGAAUGAACGUACUAGGGUCAUCGGCAGAACCGCAGAGAAAACCACACCCUCUCCUACCGGGGCAAACCCAAAUGGUAAAUCAUGACACCGUAUGUCAUUGAUCAAUGGUCAGGUGCACAAUGUCCUCGAUACGAUAUUGAUACUGUAGUUACGGUUAUGGCAACUGGAAGCACAGUAUCCCUCUCCUGCUACCUAUGCAUUCAUAAUAGAGUAUCCGAGAAAUGGCCUUUGUAAAAGGCCUGGUGGGUGGCCUUUAUAUAGUGUUCUCCAUCACUUGCUUCGAACAUCUCAUGAACCUUGUGUACUGUACCGUUAGUGCUCUCAAGAACUCUAUUCUGGCAUCUCUUCCAAGCGAUUCAUCCACCGUGAUCGGUCCUACAGUGCAUCAACUAGCCACGCGGAACGAUACAUACUGGCUGUCAUUUUGUUGUGGGGAAGAAGAACAUGUCUCCCCCGAUGGCGCAUCGUUCCCCGACGCCUAUUCUGCAGCCCACUCCGCUGUCGGAGCUCACUUCCAGUCUCCUGUCAGAUGACGCUGACUCUACAUCGAACUCCUCAGCCUCUGUGACGCAGUGCCCAUGUUGCGCCUCGCCCGUUAUUCCAGAUCUAGCCACGUUGGCCGAGACCAUUCCAGACCGGGAACUCAAUAUGUCCACCACGCUUGAAGACCAGUUCCUAAACACCCUGAGGAUCCAGCCAGGGGCCGAAUCCACGGCUGAAGCGGUAGCAAUCGUACCCCAAGACUGGCAGGCCACAGGGGAUGAAGCAAAGGAUCUGUUGCUUAGAACAGUGAGUGCAGCGCGGCCGCUGUUGAUUGCACGGCACACCCCAAGCCUUGCAUGCCAUGCAUGGGUGACUUUUCAGGGCAGGACCAUUAGCGGGUGAUCCCUCUAGCCCUCUGCCGAAUUCGAGAUAAGCAAAUGGUGUAUCUAUGGUGUCAGACCGUUGCACCAAUCCUGGCAGAUCUUGAUGAACGUUCGGUAAUUGUGAAUCUUGCGUGACCGCAAACUCUGGAAGGCUAUCUGGAGCCCUUGAACCACCAACCAUCCACGCCUGCCAAAACCAUCGUGAAAAGCGCUUAAGGACGCAUUCUUUCCCCAUGGCUAUCUCUUAGCGCGUAAUACACUUCUAAGGUGAUCUUUAGCCGUGACUUCUAUCUGGCCACGAGUACCUUUGUUUCAAUAAGAAGAGUAUUGCCGAGCCCACACUGAUGUCGGAAGGUGCGACGUGGAGCUGCUAAUUGAAUCUCAUAAUAGGACGUUUCCGGUGCAGGAGGUUUGCGCAUGUGAGGCUGCAGAAUCUAAUUGACAAGAAUGAACGGGAAGAUCUGACAGCCAGGCAGAGGACAAUAAUAAUAUAGCUUAGCAAUACGAAGAACGGCAAGAAAACUGUUUCCCCG